AUGAGUUACCAAGUUUUACCAAAAAGUCAUUUUCGAAGUUCACUUGCAAGGGUGAUUUAUUCAAAGAUGCUGGAAGACCAAUAUGAUUCAUGCCAUGGUCAUUCAAAUUGGUAUGAAUUGAAUCUCAAUGAAAUUGACGGCAACCUUAGUCACUUGUUCCACCAAUUAUAUGAAGAUGAGGAAACAAAAAAAUUUUUGGAGGCCUGUAGAGAAAAGUCUGAUUGGAUCGUCACUCAACUUUUUCAUUCCUUCUUCAAAUUCAUUUUCUCAUUUUUCAUGACAAGCACUACUGUGAAUGGGCUGCUGAAUAGAGGCUCAAUGUUUGUGAUGUCAUCAACUCAGUUCAAGUCUUUCAUGAAUAUCUCAGAUGACAAAAUAUUUGAUAACUUGCUUGAUAUGGGAGCGGGUGAUGGUGCUGUGACAGAAAAGUUGUCCCGUCACUACAGAAACAUAUACGUCACAGAAAAAUCGUCUACGAUGGUAUGGCGACUCAAAAGUCGGGGUUAUCAGGUUCUUGAUGCAGAUAGCUGGUACAAAGAGAGCAGUGUUAAGUUCGACACGAUUGCCUGCUUGAACCUGCUGGAUCGAUGUGACCGACCUCUUGACCUGCUCGAAACCAUUCAUUCCAAGUUGGUUGCCGGCACAGGCAGGUUGCUACUCGCAUUCGUUCUUCCAUUUAGCCAUUACGUCGAAUUCGGUGCCACGAAGGAUCACAAGCCUCAACAGGUUUUGAACAUUCCUCGAGGAACUUUGGAACAACAACUGUCGGGCCUUAUACACAACGUUCUCGUGCCGGCUGGUUACGAGGUUGAAAAGUUUUCAAAGGUACCCUACCUGUGCGAAGGUGAUUUGCAACAUUCCUAUUAUGUUUUGCAAGAUGUUAUACUCCUACUCAAAUCAGUGAAACAUCAAUAA